GAAAAGUCGUAGAGGAAAACCUUUGUUAUAUUUUUCUUUUACUUGCGUAGUUUUAAAUGUAAAGUGUUUGCUCUCGGGUGUAUUUACUAAUAUAUAAUGUGCUUAUUAUAGAAACUUGAAGUCGGACAUUGAUCUUCAAGAUUUUAUUCGCGAUAGUGCUACGGAAAUAAUAAAUUUACAAUGUGAAAUCGACUCAUGACGUAGGAAUGAACUCCCCAAUGAACUAGUCAAAUGAUAAUUUGAAUUGGCCGUAAAGGAAAAAUGUCUUCCGCGGGUCAGUUAGUGCCGCAGGUGACACGGAGCCCGCCGAACAUGACGUACAAGUACAACGGACCCCACAUCGAGGGGUCUUUCUGCACGUCGAUUGAUUACAACUACGAUCCAAUCAUUAGCGUAAUCUGUGCAAUGUAUAUUGCAUUCGGAAUCGUGUAUACUCUGUUUGGCUACAGGUGUUUCAAAGCGAGCAUGUUUCUGACGGGCUUCACGUUUGGCUCGGCGAUCGUGUAUCUCAUAUGCCUGCAGGAAUAUCUGAUGCCGCCGUACGGGAAUGUGGGUGUGGCACUGUGUGCGGGAUUGCUGUUCGGCCUGAUCACCAUGUUGAUACAGUACGUUGGCCUCUUCAUGACCGGCUUCCACACGGGCUUACUUCUGGCCAUAGCGGGUCUCGCUGUAUACGACCAUUUCCUUGACAGUCGUCCGACAACCUAUUGGCUAUGCGUAGUGGUGCUGCUCUGUUCCGGCAUAUUCUUCGCAGUCGUCAACCUCUAUUGGAAGAAAGUGCUCACUAUCUUCGGCACGAGCGUGUACGGCGGCGCCGUGAUAGCGACCUCGCUCGACUACUUCUUUGAAAGAAUGAUGAUGCUUAAAUGGGUGUGGGAGCGCGCGAAGUUGGAGCCGGCGGUGCCGCCGCCGUGCCGGCUGUCGUGGCUGACGCUGGCCGCGUGGCCCGCCGCCGCCAUCGUGGGGCUCACGGCGCAGUGCGCGCUCACCGCCACCGGCAUUUACCAUGAACAGAGCAUAAGCGCACAGAAGCGUCGUCUGAAGGCGCAGCAGUCCCGUCCGAUCACACGCGAGCAGCGCGCCGAGAUGAAGCAGCGCAAGUACCGGUAUCUGUACCAGGUGCGCACCGCUCACGGCGAUGUCAUAUCUCAGUCGUAUGUGCAAGCGCUGCAGAAGAAGGCGCAGUGCGGCAACUGGAGCGUGGGCGGCGCCGGGGGCGGGGGCGAGUGCAGCACGCUGCAGAGCGACUCGACGCACCUGACCGUGCUCGCGGGCUCGGAGCACGCGCCGCCCACGGACUCCGACGACGACCUCAACCAGAUACGGGCGGCGCAUUGAACACAGGUACCGAACUUAGUUCGAGGGAAAUAUGGGAAUCGAUGACGUCAGAAAUUUAAUUUUCAUUAUGUAUAUCCAGUAUUAUUGUAAGGAGAAUUAACUCAUUAUUAUUAUAUAUUAGUGAAUUUAUUAUUAGAAAACGUGUAUUUGUAUUCGAUGUGAAUUUAUUAUUGUAUUAUUAUCAUAUAAUUGAUUGUAUCUGUAAGACGUAUCGGGGUUCCAAGGCCUAAGGUUUCGUUUUAUAAAUUGUCGCCAAACACGUGUAGUGAUUAAGUGAAUUUUCGAAAGAUUUAUUUAUUGUUUUUUUUUUAUGAAUUUAGAUUUCUGUGUUUAUUUUGGAAUACUUAUAAUAAUUUGACGGUUGAAUAGAACAAUAUACAUUCCAAGUUGGUAGUGUUGUAGGGUUGAAAUUGUUUACUGUCAUUGUUAAUCCUGUGAAUGUAAUGGACGUUUGUAGUGAUAAGUGGAGGGGUUACCGCGUCGAGCACAAUCCUCCCAAUACAAUUUCCCCUAAUCUAUUAUUGGAUAUAACUUAUAGUUAAGGAAAUAGUAUGUUACGAAUGUAUUUCCCGUACCGUAUGUCGAUGUAUUUUUCUGAUAUAAAUCAUGUAUGUAUCGAUGUUGUGACAUUCGAUGUUAGUGGAAUUUAACAAUAAGUCGUAGUGUUCAAUUAAAUAUGAGUAGUACACCUUUUAGAGACAUCACUUAAUUUACUCAUAAGAUAUAAUAGUAGCGUAUCUAUAGUUGUUCCAAAAAAAAUCUCUCGACGUUGUAACCUCGACAACUGGUGAUAUUUUCAGUCUUCGCUCGUGGGCCGUGGUCUGCGAGACUCCGUGGUAGAGGCAUGCUUACAAUGGGAAGUUUUCUAAUGUUAUUCUUCCUCAACUUUUUUGUAAACAUGUCAAUGUUUAUUCGGAUUGGUUAACUUUCGCCAUGGAUCGAAAGAGGCGGUUAAAAGUUGUUUUAAGUGUUGUAACAGGCCACGGAUCACGAGGCACAUUUACUAUUGAUUACCUAAACUUUUAAUUGCAUAUAAUACGUGUAAUACUCUAUAAUAUAAUCACUGUUUACAAAGAUAUGAGAUUGCUGUCUAAACUUAAUAUUCUGUAUCGGUCCACAAUCACUGCCAUUUUCUACUUGUAGCUUUUGAUCACAUUUAUAAUGAUAUUUUUUUACUAAACUUAGUAUAUUUAAUACAAUGGUCUUGGACUCCUUGUAGUUGAGGUAAAGGUUGUGUUAUUUCUAUAUAAUUUUUUUGACUUCGGAUUGAGUUUAUAUUGACUGACAGUUUGAGUUAUACGUAUACUUUUAGCUAGACUUUUUAUAAUAAUAUUUCAUUUAUAAAAGUAUUGUCGAAGUUAAUAUUUUAAUUUGCCUAAAAUGUACAUUUAUUUAGAAGCAUUUCUAUUCGUUGAAGUAAGAACGAUAGCCAUACUAUGUUGUUUCAUGUUGAAGUCAAUAUACACCCAGUCUUGCACUAGUGUUUACCUCAAUUGUAACGAAGAACUGAUUAUUUCUGAAUAUACAACUAUUAUUCAUUUAAGCUAUUACAUUGUCAAACUAUGAGCGAAUUUAAUUUGACGGCUCGGUGUUAAAGAGCUAAGGACUGUCGCACUGUCACGCAAUCCCAAUAAACUUUCUAUCGAUAAGUUAGGUAUUUGUAUGAUAGUGUAUAUUUAAAUGAAUUAAUGUGACAGUAAUAAAAGGUUAGGUUUAAGGGGCGUUGUGCGGUCACGUACGUUGCGACAGCAUUUUGUACAGGUACGCUUCGAGUUUUAGUAAAUAAAGCAUUUUUGAUAGCCGCUUAGCGGAAACGCGCGUUUGCGGCCCUCUACCACCCCCGUAUGAUGUAGGUCGUGUAUUAUAACCACGUUGUAUUGGUUUAACUUCACUUCUUUCUUGCCAGUUCCGUUUUGGGAUCACCUGUGCUUAGUAAACGAAUGCUAUGUAUGAAAACCUUUCUGAAGCUCUUAACAGUUAGGACGCACGCGGCAAUUAUACGGUUCAUGCUAACUAAACAGAUUUAAAUGUAAUAGAGCUUCAAUAGAAAAUAUUUGAUGUAUCUUGUUCGUUUUAUUGGUUAGUUGAGUUGCAUACCUGCGUGUGUUUUUACAGUGCAAUUGAUGACUUCUUUCAUCUUUUAGGUUGACGUUUAAUAUAGAUGGUGUCAAACAAGUUGAUCCAGUAGGCGGGACCUGGGCCCAUAGCCAAGAUGCUAUUCUGCAAUCGUUAACGCUAACUUUAUGUAUGAGAAUGACAUAUCCUAGUGGUAGAAUCAUCGAUAGAAUAUGUCAUUUCCGUAUUGUCUUUGUGUUUUAUGUUAACGAUUGUAGAAAGGCAUCACGGUUACGGCCCCUGAUCUAUUAAUGGUUAGGUCAAUAUCUGGUCGCCCCACGUGGGCAUCCGCGGACACUGGUAAUGGACCAAGUUGCUUACCAGGAUCUAUACGCCCGGUCCGAAGUAGCUAAGCGUUGACGUUACGAAUUUCAAUUUGGUACCUAGCACCUUUCAUUUAUAGGGGUGAUCGCUGUCCCUUCACAUUUCAUUCUUCAAUCAUUCAAUCAUUCGAUAAUGUUAUUGUUUAUUUUACAUUUUGAGCGCAAUGCGAUUUGGAUGUGAUUAACGGGUACACUCUUAUGAAGAGUUUAGACUAAGUUAGUGUAUGAAAAAAAAUUGUGAAGUUCAAAGAUUGAAGAUUGCUAUGUAUCGGUUUUUAUUAUAUUAUAGACAUUGUUUGGAACCUAGACUCCAGAUGCAAAGCAUACGAUGUUUCUCUUGACGAAACGAUAAAAUAUUUAUCGAUAAAUGUUACCCCUAUACAUCGUUGAAAUCGGUGUUUUAACUGUUUUUUUUUGUUUUAAAUAUAAAUGUGACAGUUUAAAACGCUGGUUUUGAAUGAUUGUAAGCCGGUUUACGUUUAGUCGCUGAUCAUUUUAGGAAAGUUUUUAUGGAUUUAAUUAAGACGCGUAAAAUGUUUGCUUUAUAAUAAUUGUCUAUUUGUGAUAUUUAUGUUUAAAUUAUUAUGCUUCGAUAAAAUUGUUUGCGUGCACAUGUUAUCGUCUACAAAUCUGAUAUUUUUUUAUCACCUUAUUUACAGAAAUUAUGCACAGGAGCGUAAAAUUGUCAAUUUUUCUAUAAAAAUUUAAAUGUCUUUUUUUAACUCAAUAACAAUAUAGUGAAUGAAGUACAUCGUAGUAAUAAUACUAGUCUAUUUAAUUUAUAACGUUCUGUAAAGUGCAGGACAUUUUAGAAAUGUUCCUUUGUAAACAUUAUCAAAAAUCGAUAAAAUUUUCCCCACUAGGAGAUAUAAUUUCCAAAUAAUGCAAAUAUUUGUUAAUUUAUGAUAUUCAAUUUUAUAAAUGGCUGUUUAGUAAUAAGAAAUUAACAAAAAAAAAACAUAAUGUACAUAUACAUUAUAAUGUAUUUUUGCGUGAUAUAUUCGAUUUUAUUGAAUUUAAAAAGAUUUCGUUGUCAGCGAUUGAUAAAGUAAUUAUAAUUAAACAAAUAGCUUUGCUAAACUGAUCAGCCGCGCAGUAAUACAUUCUACACACAGUGUGAUAAUAUUUCUUUUGACCAAAGUUUAUUUAAGUUGUUACGUAGCUAUAAAGCACAACAUUAUAUGUUUUUAUUCCCUUUAAAUGUGUUGGCAUGUUAAUUUUUUUCUUUGGAUUUACUCUAUAUAUUGUUAUACAUGGUGUGCGAGAAACGACAUGUUAAUUAUCAGUGAACUGAUGUAAUGCGAAUGUUGUGAAUUAUAAUGUUUUCUUUUUCUAAUUUCGUACACUGACGUAAUCUUCAUCUUGUAUCUUGGAGUGAUGUAUAAUAUAAAAUGUAUUGUUAAGAUAAAACACAUAGCCUAGCAUUUAGUACGGAUGUGGCUCGUUUAGUAGAUUAUUGUAUUCACUAUCUUCCUCUAUCUCUAAACAUAGUCCAUUCAAUCGCUCAAUUUCUAGUCUUAUUUUGUACGAUUUCAAAAAUAUAACGAAAUUUUACAUACAUGCGGAAAAACGCUUUAUCAAUGCAAUUUUAAGACGUGACAUGUCUGACUUCUGAAUUAUAUACAGGGUGGAUCAGCGUGGAACACGUCAACAUUUGAACGUGAAAUUUUAUUUGAGGUCGGUUGGUCCAACUAUGACUUAUGGGGUGGCCUGAAUAGCGAUAUAAUCGACUGGGCACACAUACCCGUGCCACCCUGUAUAAUGAUUGACCAGGGUUACCAUUGUUGAAUGUCAGUAUUACUGCAUUUCACAAAGAUAUAUUCGUCAAUCGACCACUGUCCUCGUGUUUUAAAGUUCUAUACCAACUCUAUUGUUUAAUAUUAUUUUAAAACUCUUUAUCGAAUUUCAAGUGGGUAAUUGUACAUUGUGUUUUUGGUUAUUUACUUCCGUUUAACAAUACCUACGUUGGAAGUACUGUUUAUAUUAAGUAUAACAUUAUAUUGCUUGGUUAUAAUUUUUGUAUUUAUAAUUGUAUCAUUUUAUAAAAUAUAUGAAAUUUUGUUUCAUUUUACGUUUUUUUUUCUUUUCUUCCAACAUUAUGUGUAUCGAAGUGUGUAAGGUUUGAACUAUUACUGCCAUUCUUGUAUAUAAACACUUUCCGUCUACGAUAAGGCUUAAAUAUAUCUAGUAAUAAAUAGGGCUGGACUAACAUCGAUAUCGAUAAAUAUCCUUAUAACUUCAAUCGAUGUUUCUUGUACUUUAUAUUUCUUGACCGCGUUUUGUAAAUCGAUUUCAUAAUUUUUAACGGUGUGUUUAUCAAUAACAAUGCUGUUAUAAAUUACUAUUAAUAAUUACUGCGAUUGAUCAUGCUCACAAUUAAUGAAAUAUUUAUCUUCGGUAGCCUAGUCAAAAAGCUAGGUCAUUAGGUUUAAGGUUAUAUACUACAUCCAAUUUAGUUUCGUAUUAGGUUUUAGUUUAAUAGGUUUUAUGGCCUGAACAUUACCCGCACCAUGUUUAUGAAAACGAACUUUGAACUGGUUGAUAAUGUUCAUCUAUAUAAUAUGCUAAAAAUAUAAACUGCUAUUUAACUACGUAGUCUCUCCUUUAGUAUACAGUUAUUAUAUUUGUUAUCACCAAAUGUUUUACAAUUUUUUAUUUCGAUUUUUUUUAUAUGUGAACAUUAUUUCUUGUUGUAUUAUUUUAAAUUUGCAAUAUGGUAAUUAUUUUGCUCCUUACUUUGUAAUAGUGUUAGUCUUAAAAUUAUUUUUCGGCAAUCCUUAAAAGUAUAUUAAACUUUUAUAUCGAAACAGAUAUUGCAAGUCGCGAAA